CCAAUCACCCCACAAACUAAUCUAAUCCAAUACAAUAAUCCAAGAAUGGUUAAAGCCUCUACUACUACUAGUGCUUCUACUUGUGGUGCAGCAAAGUACACAGGUGUUAGAAAAAGGAAAUGGGGGAAAUGGGUGUCGGAAAUCAGGCUACCGAAGAGCCGAGAGAGGAUCUGGUUAGGGUCGUACGACACCCCUGAAAAGGCCGCUAGAGCCUUUGACGCCGCCCUCUUCUGCCUCCGUGGCAACACCGCCAACUUCAACUUCCCUCACCAACCUCCUCACAUCCCCGGAGGCAGAUCGCUCCCUCCCUCCCAGAUACAGGCUGCUGCUGCCAACUAUGCCAACCACCCUCACCAAGAUUCAUCCUCCUCCUCCUCCUGCUGCCAUUCGCCUGUCGUCUCAACGGAUCAGGGUGACACUUGUACUUCCCCUGACUUCACUGGCUAUAUGAAUUUACUUGAUUUCGGGAUAUAUCCGGGAUUUGAUGAUUACUUCUUCACAACAACACCGCCUACCACCGAGGAGGAGGACCAAGACAUUAGUGAUGGAAUCUACUCUCAAGACCCAUCCUUCCUCUGGAACUUUUAGUUCCAUCAUUCUUCUUUCUUGUAGCUAGCUCCGGAAAAGUUUUAGUUGCCGGAGUUGCUAAUAGUUUUAUUUUCGGGCUGGAGAUGGACCAGUUUUUGUUCAUGGGACUAAUCUCAAGUUUUGGCCUUAAUUCACCAUCAUCUUUUAUGCAUUA